AUGGGUACAGAGACCUAUGACGAUGUGCACAUCAACUUCAGUCAGGAAGAGUGGGCUUUGCUGGGUCCUUUCAAGAAGAGUGUCUACAAAGAUGUUUUGCUGGACACUGACGGAAACCUCAUUGACAUAGGCUACAGUUGGGAAGACCAUAAUAUUGAAGAGAAUUGUCAAACUUCUAGAAGACAUAGAAGAGGGAGAUACCCCACCUGUACCUACUGGAAGAAGAGAUGGGAAGAUGACAGUCUAAGAACACAUCCCUCAAGAGAAAGACUUCUUACAUGA